AUGAGUGAACAAAAAUCGGGAAACAAUGAUCAAAUGGGUGAUGAAAGAGAAUCGAAUAAAAAUGAAAAAUCGAGAAUUUUGGAUAUCGCUAGUUCAUUUGUUCCCAGCGAGCGAACUAUCGAUCAAGCCAUGGAAUUAUUUAACGCCGUGGGCACGGUGGCAGAUGCUGUCAAACCUUUUGUACCGCUAAUCGCGAUUGCAUCCUACACCAUAGCAAAGAUAAUAGAGACCUACGAAAAUGCGCAAAUGAAUCGAAAAAUUUGUGGCGUGUUACUUGAUCGUGUCUAUAUUGCAGAGAUCAACAUUAAACAAUUGAAAAAACGCGCGCAAGAGAAUGAAGAGAAAUUUCAAAAACAAAGUUACUAUACUGCUAUGGAAAAAUUCAUUGCGGUAUUGAAGAGAAUUAAAGUCUACCUGGAAGAGGUAUCACAAUUACAGGGAUUACGAAAGUUGGUGAAGACCAAUAACAUUAGGAAAGAGUUUGAGAGCAUUACGACUGAAUUUAACGCCGUGCUCAUGGAUUUAGAGUUCAGUCUAACCUUGGAUAUGAACUUGCAGAGUAAAAAAGAUGCGGAAAGUCUGACGUCCGAUCUCGAGGAUUUAAAUAUCGUUUUGAAAAAUAUUCAAGGCGGUGUGGUGGAUGCCAGCAAUUCAAUUAACGUGAUCUUUGAGGAAAUUUCUUCACUGAAAAAUAACCAGAAUCACAUUCGAAGUCUGGAAGCUUAUCUCCUUUCAAGCGAUCAACUGAUCGAUCCGCAUGAUCCAUUGCCAACCGACAGUCGUAAAACGAUUGUCAAAAAAAUGUUUAAUCUCUUGCCGGUUGCCGUCAAAGUUAUAAAGAACACGGAUGAUUUAAAAAAACCACAAAGUUCAUUAUUAUCGGAACUAGCGUUGUUGAAAAAGUUGCAUCAUGCAACGAAUGUCAUUAAAUUUUAUGGUAUAGCGAAGAUGGACACGGGAUAUUACACGGUUUAUGAGUGGGCCGAAGGUGGAAAUUUGAAAGAGUAUUAUGAGAAUCAUAAAUCGGAUUUCACAUGGGAUAAGAAACUGAGCAUUGCAUUGGAUAUUUUGAGGGGAAUUCAAUUUUUACACGGCGCAAAUGUGUUGCACCAUGAUAUUAGAUGUGAAAACAUUUUGCUGAGUCAAAAUCUGGAAGCGAGAUUAACAAGAUUUCACAUGAGCAGGGAAUUUGGCGCAAUUUCGGUAAACAUUAAAACCGAUAUUGCGGACUUGGUUCGUUGGAUGGCACCCGAAAAAAUGGACUCAACCACAAAAUAUAGUCUGAAAUGUGAAACAUUUAGUUAUGCAAUGUUACUUUGGGAAUGUUGUCACCAAAGAAUUCCAUAUGCAGAUACUUACGAUAUAACUAUGAUCACCGAUCAUGUCAAAUCUGGAAGGCGAGAAAAUUUCAAUUGGCCUCUUGAUGGUAUAGGGUUCUUUCAAGGGCUUACCAAGAUUAUUCGUAAAGCUUGGUCACAUGAUCCAAAACAUCGGCCAACGAUCUGGGAGUUGUAUGUUGAUCUAUUCGAAUUACAGAAAAAGUAUUAUCCACCAAGGUCCGAGUCACCAUAUAUCGCCUCGCACAAGGCGUCUUCGUCUAUCCCCAAUAUUAUUCUUUCUGAUACGACCUCCACCUCCGAUCUAAUCUUACCAUCACCUUCCCAAUCCACUAUUGCUGAAUUUAAUAUUUCCACUGCUCUCGAGUCUCCAACUCUUCCACACCAAAACACAUUAUCUUCAUCGCCGCCGUUAUCUCCCCUAUCACCUUUGUCACUAUCAUUUCCAUUAUCUUCAAUUCAUUCUUUAACGGCACAACCGUCAAACGAGUCGUCUAACGGUUCAUCACAUUCUCCGAACUCUCAAUUUCAAUCGAGCGUCACAAACUCUUCGUCACAUCCAACUUAUGAGCUUCCACAGUGGAACCUAGAUGAAUUGGUUUUACCGGUGAAACCAAUGAUCUCCAUUGAGGAUGGCAUAAAAGCUCACAAAACCGGAGAUCGCGGAAAGGCCUGGGAAUGUUUUAGAGAACAAUCUGAGAUUGGUAAUUUCACUGCCAAGUACUGGAAGGCAUAUUAUUUGUGGGAAGGAUACAUUGUUCAACAAAAUCGAGUAGAAGCGGUGAAGUUAUUUAAAGAAGCAGCAGAUAACGGAAUUCCUGAUGCCCAAUUGCGAUACGCUUUUUGUUUGGUACAAAAUGAAGGUGGAGCGAAGUUUAAUCUAGGGGAAUUUUUGAAAUAUUUGAAAGCAUCGGCCGAUAAUAAUAAUGCUACAGCUCAAUUUAACCUGGGGGAUGUUUAUUAUAACGGGAAAUUGAAUGUACCAAAGAAUAUUCGGGAAGGGAAGCAGUAUUUGAGGUUGGCAGCUUUACAGAACCAACCCAAUGCCCUCAAGAUGGUCCAAACUUUAAAAAUUGAUAUUUACGAUUGA